CACUCGCUCCAAGGCGAAGCAGAACGAGCGCGUCGUCUCUCUGCAGCCAUGAACUUUUUGGGUGGCGGUGAUGCAGCUCCGGCCGUCGGUGACGCCAAGGCGAGCUCGGGUCGUGGAAGAGGCCGAGCCAAGCUCAACGCACCUGCGCCCGUCGCGACGUCGUCGUUGACUGCGCCGCCGCAGCAGCAGAUACCGGUAGCGAUGGUCCCGGAGCCACGUAACCGCGGACCGCACUGGAACGCUCUUUCACAACUGGACGCUGGGGACUAUGUGCGGCGGCAUGGCGAAGCACACCGGGACUCCCAGCUGCAAAAGUGCCCACCGUUGUCUUCGAGCGUGUCGGCUGAGCCUCCGAUUAGGCAGCAACGACCGCAAGCAGUGGACGAAAUGAAGGGUGCAGCGCAACGUAACCCUUGCUCGAGUCAAGAAGAAAUCGACCCUACGCUAACACCCAGUGCUAAACUCAGAAUCAUCGAGAAAGCUGUGACAGACCCGGAUGGCCUGAACACUCUUCAAAUGCAAUGGCUGGGGUUCCGCAUCUGCGAUCGAGUCACCAAAGACUCCAACAACGUUGCAUCCGCGGUGGAGUUCUGCACAUCCCUUAUCGAGAGGGGGCGCACCAGUGCGUUCAUUGACGGCCUUGUCGAAUCAUGCAAUGACUUCUUCAAGCGGCGGGAACAGCUGUUACGAAGGUGCACUGCGCGAACACGAAGUGCAGCGCAACAUCCCGGAAGUCCUAGCCGCAGCUGGACGGCCUAUGUUACCUUCCUGGCCGAGCUGCUGGCGGCCGUCAGUAGAAUGGAAUCGUCGGACAAGAUUUCCGGACGCAUCUUCUGCCUGGCGGCGCUGCUCUGCGAAUGUUGCCACAUCAUGCUCCGCUCGCCAGCGCAGGACACCACCGCAGAGAUGAAUUGCCUUCGCUUCGUCUUCAUGACUGCCGGCAGUAGCAUCCAGCGAGCUGCUCCACACCUCUCGACGGCGCUGGGCAAGUGUCUCCGGGACUCGUUCAUGGACAGCAAUCGCUCAGACGAUGUUCGUCAGGCGCUGCUCGGACUCAUCGAGCUUCGGGUUUCGGGAUGGAAACUUUGCACAGCUCAGCAGCUCUGAUACUCUGCGCACGACAGCGGUGCUGCAGUCACCGACUGACACAGCUGCUGCUCCGGUGUAGCGCUGUGGCAAGAAAUGGACACAGAACUUUGACCUCUCUUGUGGUUUGUUGUUUGUAUCAAGUUACUUCUGUGUUUCUUUUUUGUCUUCCUUUUUUUACUAUUCUGAACGAGGCUCUCGCCUUUAUACACUUCUAUAAAUCUUUUUUUUUAAAUUUUUAUUCAUAGGAGAUGCUGUGCAUACCAUGGAUAGGAAGGAACUUUCGGUGGCAUAAUUGCAGGGGCAUAUGCAACUAGGUAUUUUAGUAUUUGUUUUUCAACUUUUGCUGCUGCCAUCUUGGGGAAAUAAAAUGAAUAAUUAAAACUUUCCGUGUUCCGUUUUAUUAACAACACAGUU